CUGGAAACAAACUCUAUAAAGGGAAUAGAACGACGCCAUCGUGUGUUGCAUCCUCUCAUGUGAUAUGCAGCACUAGGUGUUGACGCCAAGAACCUGCAGGUCGCCAUGAAUCCUGGUCCUGAUGACAAGCCUACGAACAGUGUCACUUAUAAGAAUCUUGAAAUCAAGGUGCCUUCUAUCGUACUGGAGGUUUCUGUUAAGGAGAAAACCAACGGCGAAGAUGACAUUUUCAAUCCUGAAGAUGAUAAAUACAAAGUGAUAGCCAAGGCUAAGAAAAUUUUGGAAAGCUAUGACAUCCAAGAGAUGAAAAAUGUUGUGAAGGAUAAAAAUCUUGGGCCUGCACUUAAGAAAGAGAUUGAAAUAGCCAUUGACCAUUUGAAUAAGUGGUUAGAGUACGUUAAGAAUCCGCAGACAAACGAAAAGGAGAUCAAGAAAUAUCUAAAAAAGAAUAAACAAGAAAUCUACGAUCCCAUCGUUAAAAAGAUCAAACAAUUUAAACAAUCGAGCAGCUCCACUUGAUCAAGUUAGAGAUGACUGCUAUAUAUGUAGUCGAUCUGCUGAAUGGAACUUGUACUAAAGUUGAAAUGAUAUUAAUAUGUUACCACUUUGUUUGUCGGACCUUUUAAUUGUACUAGUUUUAAGAUUGUUGGUGUGUUUAAAUUUGCACUUAGUAGUACUGUUCGAUCGUUACAUGUUGCAAUAUUUGAUAUUUUGGGGGGAAAUUUCUGGUUGUUGUUAUAUCUAUGUUGGUGUUUUUUACUCCUUAGAGUGUUACAACUUGUUUGGGAGGAAAGGAUGGAAUGGAAAAAAUAAAAUAAUUUUAGAAUA